AUGUUAUUCAUUUUCUUGUUCACUUUCUUUUCAAUAUUUUUAAUCGUUCAGGGUUCAGAGUUCUCGUCAAAAUGCCCUGAGAGAUGGGAUUUCUAUCCGGAUCUUCAUUUGUGCCUUGUCGUUCCACACAAACCACGAACAUGGAUCGAUGCAAAAGACUAUUGUGCGAGCAACUCCGCUGAAUUGGCCACCGUUCGAAACGAGGAUGAAUUUCGAAUUAUUACGGACUUGGUCGAACGCGAAAACCCGCAAUUCCUCACGUGGACUGCGCUGAGGAAAAAUGAGAAUGAGACAGAUUUCUCAUGGAUUGAUGGAACGGUGGUGAAUGAAAGUUAUUGGGAAACAGGCCGAAUCCGAUCUCCGAAUCAUGAUUGUGGAGCGAUAAAUUCGGACAACAAAUUGAAGGGUUUAGCGACAUUGGAUUGCGACAAUGUGCAGUUCUUCAUUUGUCAAAAAGAGGCCUAUGGUAAUCCACCCGAAAUCCUUGUUGGUCCAAACGGGACGAUCACCUCACCUCGCUGGCCUCAAACCUAUCCAAGCAAUCUGGAGCACUAUCAAAUUAUUCAGUUGAAUGAAGCCGAGAAAAUCAAAUUGACAAUCGAAGAGUUCGAGACCGAGUCACAGCUUGACAUUUUGACGUUACACGAUGGGAAAAGUUCGCAGAGUAUGAAAUUGUUGAGACUUUCGGGUAAACGACCAGAGCAGCGAACGCUCACGUCGAAGAAUAUGAUGCUGUUGCACUUCUCGACGAAUCGAAACACCGAAAUGAGCGGCUAUCGUUUGAGUUAUGAGGCUUGGAUCCCGCCGAGUGAAAUCAUUGUUGAAAGCCGUGAGAGUUUCUCUCGUUUAAGCAGUGCCAACUAUCCGAAUGGGUACAAUUUCACGAGACAAAGAUAUUCAAUUGAAUGUCCAAAUGAUCGAGCGGUGAGUUUACAGAUUCUUGACGUCAAUCUCCAAGAGAAUGACGGGAUUUUUCUUUUUCCCGUCAUUAAUGGAAGUCCAAAGAUUCGAAAUCGAAUCUCCGGUCUAGCGGCGAAUUUACCACGCGUUUUGAACUAUCAAAUGUCAAAAGUCAUUUUGAGAUUUGAUGGUUUCAAUUGUGGUCCAACGAAUAGCGGAUGGCUUUUGUUACAUCGAUGCGAGCAAAAAGAAAUCGAGAUACCGAGGGGA